AUGACUAGGACAGAAUUCACUCUCAAACUGAAAAAACUCAACAAAGGAAAAACAAUGGCUAUUCUCAGCAUCUCUACAAUAUUCUGCUCUAAAUCUCAUCCUCACAAGUUAAAUUCAACAAAACAAUAUCUUCCCAAACAACUUAAACCAGCACCAGCGCAAUUACAACCACUACACAGAAGAAUAGAAGCUCAUGUAGACAUAGUAACUGAUUCUCUCGCUAAGGCAAGCCUUGCAGCUUUACUGUCUACUUCUCUCUUCUUCUGCAUUGAUCCGGCUCUCGCCUUCAGGGGCGGAGGUCCCUACGGUAUUGAGGUAACUAGGGGUCAAGAUUUAACCGGGAAGGAUUUCAGCGGGAAGUCAUUGAUCAAACAAGAUUUUAAAACGUCAAUACUGAGACAAGUGAAUUUCAAAGGUGCAAAAUUGCUGGGCGCCAGCUUCUUCGAUGCGGACUUAACAGGAGCUGAUUUAUCGGACGCUGAUCUAAGAGGAGCAGACUUUUCCCUUGCAAAUGUAACAAAGGCGAAUUUGACUAAUGCAAAUCUGGAGGGUGCAUCUGUGACUGGCAACACAUCCUUUAAGGGGACUCUUAUUACUGGGGCUGAUUUCACAGACGUGCAGUUGAGAGAAGACCAGAGGGAACUCCUUUGCAAAACUGCUGAUGGGGUGAAUCCAACAACCGGUAACCCUACAAGAGAGACAUUGCUUUGCAAGUGACAACUGCGAUGCCAUAACCUAUUGGACCAAGAAAGAUUGGAGCAACUGUAAAAUAUAGAGCAUUUUUCCCCACAAGUUGAGCUGUUAAUUGCCCCUACUAUAGUAAAAAUAUACUGUCAUUUCUUAACUUGUCGUAAAUAUUGUAGUAUCCGACUAUGUUUGUAAGCGCAGCAAUGGACCUAUCAGCAUUUACUUAAAUAACAUAUAUGACCUUCGUUUGCAA